CCCUCUUCCCUCCAAGCCCAACAAGAGAGCCACAGAGUCAGUCACCGAGGCACAAGGUUCCAUCUAACACCGAGCGUGCCACACAUCAUCUGCCCUGUGCCAUUUACGACCCCCGUGAGAGAGAGAGAGAGAGAGUAAAACAAGGACAUCACAGUGGAUUGGGUCAAGCAGGUGGCAGCGAAACUCAGCACUGCAGUCUUGACCUCUGCCCCCGUCUGAACUUUCACUGCAGCCCAAAUAAGGCAAGCAGAAGCAUCACCACCACCGCAAGCGGCAGGAUGUCCACGCAGGUCACCGUACACCGGAUGGUCACCACCACCACCACCUCGGCCUUCCUUAUCAAUGUGGGAUACCUCAAAACCUUCCCGGGAAUACUCAAGAUCUUCCAAGUCUUGCUUGGGUGCGUUGUGGUGGGCAUCACGGGCCACUACAUCCACUGGACCUCCAGAUCCCAGCAGUUUGUACCUGAGCUCUUCUUCCUCCUCAUAGCCACAGCCUGCCUCAUCACCACCUCCCUCCUGCUCUUCUCCUGCCUCUGCUCCAUCGCCACCGCCUCCAUCAUCCCCAAGACACUCUUUGAGACGCUGUAUCACAUUGCAGCCUCUUGUCUUUACUUCGCCAGCGCUCUAUACCUCCUCAUUUACCUCACCAACAAAACUUACCGAGAUAACUACUAUGUGGCCAAGACAGCAGCCAGCGUUGUGCUGUUACAUGCCACAUUGGCGUACCUUCUUGUGUGCUCAUCCAUUAAUCUUCUGAGGGAGGUGGUGGCCAGGAACGAAGGCUAUAAAAUAUAUGAAAGAGGCUACAACUCUAAGAUAUUUUCAGGGGCUCUGGGGCUGGUGAACUGUGCCCUCUAUGUCCUGUCCAGCAUCUACUCAGUCCGCACUUUCCGCAGAGGUUAACUUCACCAAGGGAAAGGCUACACCAAGCCCGUUGCAUUGAAGUUUGACUGCAGAUUAUUUAUAGGGAAAGUUCAAGCACAUCAGUGAAAUAUGUCUGUUGAAGAUGCCACUAAAAUAGAAAAUGUGCCCAAUCUAGAGCUAAUGAAUUGAAGUAAAUUACAAAAUGUGUUGGAAAAACUCAUAGCAUCCCAAUAUACCAGUCCUUAUUACCUCAUAUUGCUUCAUAUAUCAUGUCUUCUUUUACUUCAAAACCUUUUCUAUAACAAGCAGUAUCAAAGAUGAUCAAACCACCUGUACCUUUAUGUUUUAAGUGGUAACUAACCAGACAUUACUAUAAAUGGGGAAUGUCCUUGCUAUGUACAUCAAGUUAUGCUUUCAGUAAGGUCUUGUAUGAGCUGAGCAGUAAUAGGGAAGGUUAGUGUAUGUAGCACCAUCGUAAGAUAAUGUAGGAAGUUUACUAAGGUAUACUGUCAUGUGUAAAAGAUGACUGUGGAGAGGUAAAGGAAUGAGGCACAAAUAUUAGUCUACUUAUGAUUAAGUAAUGAAUGCAUUUAUCAAUUUUUAUCAGAUACUUAAACAUAGUGCCACCCUUAAACUGUAUAGUAGUGUAUAUUUUCCAGAACAGACAUUAUAUAUUUAUUUUUUUACAAUAUGAAGGUUUAAGUUGGUUUAAGACAGAUGCCAAUUUAUGAGCAAGCCAUUUUUAUCAAUUUUAUAAUAUACAUGACCAAGGUCAUCGUUGAAAUAUUUGCUUGGGAGGGUUCUGGCUGCAUAAUGGUCAUAACAAUGGUUCUUCAGGAAUGAGUCAUUUAGAUGCAUGUUGUAUUUACAAGUACCAAACACUUUCAAGAACGUGUCAUUCACAUAAUGUACAGAUAAAUGACUCAUCUGUGCAAUUUGAGUUUCUGUGGCUGAAGAAAGAAGGAGGAAGCCCAGUGCCUUGCAGGUCACACCGGUGCUGCUUUGUGGGGACAUGACUGGUGUAGGUGGAUAAGUCUCUGUGUAAAUCUUUGAAUUUAAUAACCUUUCAUAUGCUGAAUUGGAGAGGAAAGUUACUAAGAAAAUUUAUGUAUAUGUGUCUGGGGAUAUUAUGUUACUUGAUCCUCCUCCUUGGUCAGAGUAAUCAAGAAAUAAAUUGACUUUUCAAAGAAUGACUUGCUUUACACAGAAAAAAUUGUAUAAGAACUUGGCUCAUCGCUAUAUGUUCAGUCAAUAAGAAGAGUUAUGAUAGUUCAUGAGCCUCUCCUUAACUGAGAUUCAUUGGCCUGCAGAAUUAUAGUUUUUUGCUUUGAUGAGUCUUAUAAUCUUGAGGUUUGCAAGAACACUAACUAGUACUUCUGUUUGUCACUGUAUGAUUUUAGUCUGAGGGUAUUUUAGUGCACACUUGCUAUGUGUUAUUCUAAGAUACUCUAAUUACCAUGUUUUUUUGUGAAGUAAGCAGAAAAAACUCCUUCAGUUUUGUUGUGUAGACAUUCAGAAUUACCUAAGCAUGGAGAUGUUCUCAUUCUUUUACAUUUUUGGAGAAAGAUCAAUGUAAGAUGUUCCUGUAAAGCUUUUACAUUGUGUUGAUAUUUAGAACUAUAGGUCAAUUAUCUAAAUGUGGUGCCAUUAAAAUAAGAUGUGUACUUAAAAGUGUUAUUAGAAAGUCUAAAUUAGAAAAUAAUGUUUUGAAAUUUUUGUUACAAUAAUUUUUCAUCCAUGUUGUGUUUUUUAGUAUACUGUGUUGAUUGGUGUCUCAAUUUAUGUUAAAUGCAUUUUAUCAUUAAUUGUCUUGGGCAGUAACAUCUCUAGAAGGCUUUUAUGAUCAAGGAUUUUGAGCUUCCCACCUAAACCUUUGUGUCUGUAAUUUAUUUUUUAGGAAGAGAUCACUAAAUGUAAUAGUACAUUAUUUUUAUGAUGGCUUUGAGAGUUGAGAAGCAUCUGUGGUGCAUACUCAGGACAAGCUGCUCCUUGAGGGCUGAUCAUGUACCACAUUGUGACAUCAUUAUUUUCCAUUGUGCCACUCUGAAUAUUGAUUUUUCAUUUGGUUAGUUGAACAAUUUUCCAUACCAUGUAUUAUGAAAAAUUUAUUAUACACUGAACAAAACAAUGAGUCAUGCAAAGUUACUCGUAUUGCACUAUUGAAUCGUGGAGUGGGAUCUAGAAAAUGCCGUAACUGUAGGAUCUUGCACCUAGUAGCUUGACUGAAAAUUUGAAUCUCAUUUUGCACAGCCACUAGCCUUGUGUCACACUGGUUGGUUUUGAUGUAAAAACACCUAAAUGCCCUAAAAGCUUAGAAUUAUCGAGUCUUCCGUAUAUCUUUAUCCAUUCUUAGUGUGGAUAAAAUUUUAAUUACACAACUUCAGUUUUAAGAUAAUAAAGUAUUGCACUGCAGCAACCAAUGCACUGGAAACUACUGAUUUAUGCACAAUGGACUUAACGUUAGUCUUAUGAUGUUCCUAGUGUGGCCUCAGUUAAGUACAUCAAGUUUAAAACUCAAGUAUGUCUAGUGCCUUGUUUUGGGACCAUUGUAAAAAGCCACCAAACACAUUCACCAACUGAUUCACACAGGAAAGCACAUUAUUCAGGUAUGGCUGCCUCUUUAUCAAGGAAUUGUUUUGAUAGAAAAUGUCUGAAUUAUAAAUGAGAAUUUGAUUCAGGACAUGUUAAAUGCUUCACAUUUUUGAAGCACAAUGCCUAUAUAGUUAAAUUAAAAUUUCUAUAUCAUUAUUAUUAUCAUAUUGAUGGUUUUCAGUAGCAACACCAAUGAAAUGGAAUAUUGCAUAUUUGUAGGAAUGGUGUGUGUAAUAUAGAAUAAGGUUCUUGCACAAUCAGGAGAGACCUGUAUAGUGCUGGGGAGUACUUAACUCAUAUUGACUGACCACUUAUUCUACAUCCACUCAUUAAGGUGUUGCUGCCAUUCAAAAAGCCAAAGUGUUCAUAUUUAUUUUGCUACAUAUACUUAUGUAUACCUAGUGUUUUCUGGCUGAACUGCUUCUGUGAUUCCUGCAAGUUUUGUAUGUGUGUGAUGUGUAGUGGACCUCACUCCUGAGACAUAUGUAUUUAUCAGAUCUUUUUGUCUUUAGCUUGUAUGAUAUUAUAUACAUACUCUUAAAGAAACUUAAUUUAGUCAAUGUUCAUGACAAAAGAGUUACUCUACUCAUCUAGACAUGCUUAUGUUGCUUCUGCACAUCAUUCCCCAAUUUCUCUUCUUAUAUUCCUUUGCCCUUUUUUCCAAAAUAUAUAAAUAUCUCGCCCUGAAAUAUUUUUGGUAUCCUUUAAUUUUACAUACACCUUUUAUUAUCUAUUGAAGGUCAUCAAUUGUUCAUUAAUUUAGCAGGACUGGCUGAGUAAGAGGGUAUGUAAUAAGUGAGGUUUGCUGUGCAUGUAGAUAACUAUUCAGUUAUUCAGUAAGAUGUUACAAGUUAACAAGCAAUACAUAUAACUUCUUGUAUUAGAGACUAAUUAAUGAAAAUUCAUGCUUGUAUGUCAGAGCUAUAUGAUAUUGACUUAUAGUUGUGAGCAAUGUAUUUUAGAACUUCUGGCAAGUGAGUGCAAGCGCUUUCUGUGAGUUGCAAGGCCUAUGUAAGUAAGUGCACAGCUGUCAUCAGCUCCAUAUCAUACAGGAUGGAAAUGACAAAUGUGGUUGGCCUUUAAACUUUAUUUUGAAUCUGCAUACAUGCAGCACAUUUUAGGAAACUUUAUAUUCACCUUUAACAGGAUUACAUUGAUUGAUGAAGCCGGCGCCACAGCAACUGGUAUACAACUGCCACGACAAUGUAAUUUCCAAGCCUGUUGGAUACAAGGGUGAAACUGCGCCAGCUUUUACAUCGUGGAGUGUGCUGUGCCAGCCACUCAUUCAGUAUCUCUAGUCUUUGCAAUUUCUUAUCAAUCAUUAAAAAUAUUUAAAAAUA